UUCAGAACCAACGCUACGUCAACCCGGCAUACACCUGCUCUCUAAUACAACACACGCUGCCUGUAAUCCACACAAGGAGGCAUCGAAAGUGGUCAAUACAAGAAGCCACCGACUGAUGCACGUGGUCUGUCUAUGACCCUGACACAGGAACAGUAACAAAACUCCUUUCACAGGGGUUGACAGGGCAGAUAUUUGCUGUACGUAAUAAGCGAAAUGACUACAAUGACCGCAGGCGAGGCCCAGUAGUGCUGGGAGUUAAUAAUGAAUUCACUGCCGGCUAAACUGUAAAGCGGCAGGAUAGUGAGUGGAUCACAGAGAAUGUGGGAACGGAUCGGUUCACGCGUCCGACUUCACGGGCUAGGAUUACAGACUAAUUAACGAUCACUGGAUUGGUCUUAGAUGAAGAAUGUUUUAAAUACUGGAGGAAAUCGAUGCAAGUAUAGACGUCAUGGAGAGUUUAUUUACGAUUUCUAUUUUAAUACUGAAGGUGACGGUGUCCGCCGCCUGGAACUAUGGGGGAGGUAUGAACAUGACGACACUGCUCGACAGUCUGCUGGAUGAUUAUGACAGACGACUGAGACCGGGCUUCGGAGGUCCUCCUCUCGUCGUAAAGACAGACAUGCUGGUUCGAUCCAUGGGUCCGAUGUCAGAGAAGGAUAUGAUCUACUCGAUGGACUGCUACUUCCGACAGUUCUGGCAGGACGCUCGCCUGGCCUUUAACGCAACCAUGCAGGGCAUUUCGGAGCUCUCUCUCAGUAGCAGGAUGCUGGAGAGGAUAUGGUACCCUGACACAUUCUUCCUGAACGGCGGCAGAUCAUAUCUCCAUUCCAUUACCUCACCAAACACGUUCUUCAGACUGCAGAGUGACGGCAAUAUUUAUUUCUCGCAAAGAUUGACAAUAAAGGCCCAUUGCCGGAUGGACUUGGAAUCGUUCCCAAUGGAUACUCAGAAAUGUCCUCUUAGAGUUGGAAGUUUUGGCUAUUCACACGAUGACGUCAUAUAUAUCUGGCGCUAUGGCAACAUGAAGGCGAUAUCUAUAUACCCGGAUGUAACAAUGUCACAAUUUGAUAUCGUUGGUCUUCCUGCAAACAACGCUUCCAAAUAUCUGAAAGGAGCUGUACACUCCAUCCUGACGGUGUUCUUCCACAUGAGACGUCACACCGGGUACUUCCUCAUCCAGGUGUACGUGCCCUGCUGCCUCUUGGUCGUACUGUCCUGGGUCUCCUUCUGGAUCAACAGGGAGGCCACAUCCGACAGAAUCGCUCUCGGCACGACCACCAUACUGACCAUGACCUUCCUUGCCCUGGAGAACCGCGACGACCUUCCCCACGUGGCGUACUACACGGCACUGGACAUCUACGUCGUCAUGUGCUUCCUGUUUGUCAUGGCGUCCAUUGUCCAGUUUGCCGCUGUCCACUAUUUUACAAAAUACAGUACCGACGACAGGGAGAUGUUGAGUGACGACAGCGAGGGAGAGCUUGAAGAGAGUUAUCUCCCUUCUUCCACAACAGCUGGCGGUGUAUUCACAGAAGGCGGCUGCAACAGGUGUUUACAAUGCCUUACAAAAUGGGGCAAGUGUAUUCUCGACAAGAGGAACAGAAAGUUUAACAAGCAUGUUCGGAAUGCACUCGGACUGAAUAGUGUCAGUAAAAUAGACAAAGUGGCCAGAUUUCUUUUUCCUGCAGCGUUCAUCGCCAUCAAUAUUUUCUAUUGGGUAACCUAUCUACCGGCGUGAAGUUUCAAGUCUCAAGUAAGGAUUUGGAGUGUCGAGUGCAGCCUUCUGACGUCAUUCUGGGGACAAAUCAAGUGCACGACGAAAUGUGAAAUUAUGUUCUGACGUUCUUAUACUUCCUUUUGUAUAUAAGUGUGUCCAAUUACCGAAACAAGGAAACUGUCCAACAAUUUGUAAUGUUCUUGCAUUAUAUAUUGUGAAAUAGAAAACGCUUGUGAGAAGUACAGCAGUUAUAAUGGA